UGCGGGGCGCUCAGCUGCAGCAAGAUGGCGGCGCAGCAGCAGGGUCGUGAGGGCGGUGCGCAGCUGGCGGGGACCGCGGCGGCGGCGGAGGCCGACCCCCUGGGCCGCUUCACGUGUCCUGUGUGCUUGGAGGUGUACGAGAAGCCGGUACAAGUGCCCUGCGGACACGUCUUUUGCUCUGCAUGCCUGCAGGAAUGUCUGAAGCCGAAGAAACCUGUCUGUGGGGUGUGUCGCAGCGCUCUGGUACCUGGCGUCCGAGCCGUGGAGCUCGAGCGGCAGAUCGAGAGCACAGAGACUUCUUGCCAUGGCUGCUGUAAAAAUUUCGUCCUAUCCAAGAUCCGGGCCCACGUGGCCACCUGUUCCAAAUACCAGAAUUACAUCAUGGAAGGUGUGAAGGCCACCACAAAGGAUGCAUCCCUUCAGCCAAGGAAUGUCCCAAACCGUUAUACCUUUCCUUGCCCUUACUGUCCUGAGAAAAAUUUUGAUCAGGAAGGACUUGUGGAACACUGCAGAUUAUCCCAUAGCACGGAUACCAAAUCUGUGGUUUGUCCUAUAUGUGCCUCGAUGCCCUGGGGAGACCCCAACUACCGCAGCGCCAACUUCAUAGAGCACAUCCAGCGCCGGCACCAGUUUUCUUAUGACACUUUUGUGGAUUACGAUGUGGAUGAAGAGGACAUGAUGAAUCAGGUGCUGCAGCGUUCCAUCAUCGAUCACGCAGCAGCACCGCCUCGGGGUUGGAGAGUUUCGCGACCCCAGCGCGACACGGCGAGUCGGGCAGCCUCGGCCACCAUGCCGCGCUCUUUCCUCGUCAGGAAGUCCGCUUUCUCCCGCCGGAGGCCCAACUACAGCGAGCUGCACGACUCUUCCCUGGAGUUCACCUUCCAGCAGCCCUAUGACCAGGCCCACCUGCUGGCGGCCAUCCCUCCGCCCGAGGUCCUCAACCCGACGGCCUCACUGCCCACACUCAUCUGGGACUCUCUCCUGGCACCCCACGCUCAGCCUGUCGGUUGGGCCUCCCUGCUGCCCCAGGAGGGCCCAAAGGCCAUGGAGCUGACCUCCCUGUCGGACGAAGACAGCGGCAAAGGCUCCCAGCCCCCCAGCCCACCCUCGCCGACUCCCUCGUCCUUCUCUUCUGCCUCAGCCUCCUCCCUGGAGGCCGAAGCCUACACUGCCUUCCCGAGCUUGGGCCAGCCGCCCAAGCAGCUGGCUGCACUCACUGUGGCCAAGGACCCCCAGUCUCGCAAGGCCUUCAACUGCAAAUACUGUGACAAGGAAUACGUCAGCCUGGGUGCCCUCAAGAUGCACAUCCGUAGCCACACGCUGCCCUGCGUCUGUGAUACUUGCGGAAAGGCCUUCUCCAGGCCCUGGCUGCUGCAGGGCCACGUCCGCACCCACACAGGUGAGAAGCCCUUCUCCUGCUCCCACUGCAGCCGCGCCUUCGCGGACCGCUCCAAUCUGCGGGCUCACCUCCAGACCCACUCAGAUGUCAAGAAAUACCAGUGCAAGACCUGCUCCCGAACCUUCUCCCGCAUGUCCCUGCUCCACAAGCACGAAGAGUCGGGCUGCUUGGGGGGCCCCCGCUGACCCAGAGGCUCCCUCUACCUCUCCAGACCCCCUCCUCCCCAGUGGCCUCCCCCGGCUCUAGAAAGGACUCCCGCAUCCUUCUCACUGCCACGGAAUGCCCUUCUGAGCUCCCCACUUCUGGCUGCAUUGGCCCCUUAGGACUCUAGUGAGGACCAUUUUCAAGUUCUCUCAUCUCUGCUCUCGGUGCCUUGGUGGACUCAGAAAAAGGCCCUUCUGUGGACAUUUUGGCUGAUGGGAAGGCAGCUUGCCACAGAGGCCCCUGGCAGCAGCCAUUCCAGAGCAUUCCUGAGUUGGCCUUUCAGUGUGGAGUUUGUGUAUCCAGAGCUGUUUGGAUACAGCUGCUUUGAGCUACAGGAAAAAAGCCAGCAGACUGACUGGGAAGCUCCCACCCCACUUAGGGGACCCCAAUUCCUUCCCCCACACCAAGGAACCCUCAGGCCACCCCUCCAUGAGGUGUGACUUACUAUGCAAUAAUCUGCCCCGUCCCCCCCAAGGUGUGUCCAGGGGGCUUCUGGGGGUGGGUGCCAGACACCAAGACGUGUUUAGACCCUGAGAUGCCCCCAGGCCUGGGCAGCUAUUUCAGCCUCCUGUUUGUCAUGGUGGCACCUGUUUCACGGGCAAUUUAACAACUUCUCAAAAGGGACUCUGAGUAAUUGCUGUCACUUGUCAGGGGCCCAAGUGGGACACUUCAGCUUGACCGAUAUGUCUCCCAGAACUAUUUUGGGGGCCCGACAAGUGGGCCUGGGAGGAAGAUGUUUACAUUUUUAUAAGGUACACUGGUAUUUAUAUUGUAGGCAACAUUUUAUACUAAGACAUUUUGUAUAGUUAUAUGUACAGUUUAUUGAUAUUCAAUAAAUGGUUAAUUUAUAUUAA